AUGGCAGCCAAUCGUUUCCUCACGCUCAUUGCUUUCGCGCUUUGCGCCAUUCAACUCGCAAACGCUGGUCCUAUUCCCCUACCAUCGACCUCUUGUGUCGCCCAGCAACCGCCCCCUUCCGCGAUCGCGUCCGCGCCAUCUGUGAACGGACCUGCACCGGUCCAAGUUCUUGAUACUCAUGCGCCAAAGUCUCCGGCUGAUUCUGCGAAGGUAGCUUCUCCAGCGGAUGGUCAGAGAUUGUAUCCUCCUCCAGUGAGCAGCCCCCCCGCUGGUCCAGCGCCAACGUACCUCCCACAGAGCAAUCCUGCUCCCAAAGCUCCCAGCGGUCCUCCGACCUCCGCGACAAACGGCCCAGCGUCCAAUGAACCACCCAAAGGAGCUUCCGCGCAAGGGUAUCCUGCAGCUCCCGUCGUCCCGUCUUCCCUGCCUGGCGGUACCCCACCCGCCAAAGAUUCCCCCCAGGACGACCGUGCUCCCAAGUACCCUGGUGGAUCCGGUCCACCCACAGGGGGUCCGCUAACAAACAAGUCACCCGAAGUUGGACCUGGUGAUCACCAUGCGCUUCCUCCAGUUUAUAGCGCUUCAGGACCUAAUGCGCCGUCAUCGAUUCUUGCUGCCCCUGGUCCUUCGCCUACUGGUGCUCAAGGAGGUCCUGCGCAAGAUCCUCAGACACCCACUGGCAGCAACACGCCAGGAGGACCUCUUCCUCCUCCUGCAUCGUCGUCUUUCCCACCCGUCAAUGGUCCCGCGCCUACUGGAGCUCAGGGUGGUCCUGCGCCAUACUCUUCGCCACCCACUGGCAGCAACGCGCCAACUGAUCCUGAAAAUCAGGGCGGACCUGUCGCUCCUCCCGCGUCAUUGACUCUCCCUCCUGUCAACGGUUCUGCACCUACUGGUGCUCAAGGAGAUCCCACGCCAAACUCUCCUCCACCCAGCGGCGGUGACGCGCCAACUGAUUCCAAGGAGUCAGGAGCACGUCCCCCUCCUCCUGCAUCGUCGUCUCUUCCACCCGUCAACGGUCCUGCGCCUACUGGUGGUCAGGGAGGUCCCGCGCCAUACUCUCCGCCACACACCGACAGCAACGCGCCAACUGAACUUAAAAAUCAAGGAGGACCUGUUGCUCCUCCCGCGUCGAUGUCUAUCCCUCCCAUCAACGGACCUGCACCCACUGCGGCUCAAGGAGGUCCAGCACCAUACUCUUCGCCACCCACUGGCAGCAACGCGCCAACUGAUCCUAAAAAUCAAGGAGGACCUGUCGCUCCUCCCGCGUCGUUGUCUACCCCUCCCAUCAACGGGCCUGCACCCACUGCGGCUCAGGGAGGUCCCGUACCAUACUCUUCCCCAUCCACCAACGGCCCUGCACCACAUGAUACCAAGCAAGGUUCCCCUGCCCAAGUUGAUGUGAAUCCUGCACCAGCCAACGGUCCAGCUCCAACAGCUUCAGUGACAGGUCCAGCAUAUGUUGCUGCUCCUCCUGCGGGGCAACCAAGCUCAUCCCUUCCCCAUGUUGGUCCAGCCCCAUCCAAUGCUCCAGCGUCUCCAGCGUCGACUAACGGCCCAGUUGCUCCCGCACCAAAUGCAGGACCCGCCGUUCCUUCCGUCGCUCCUACAGCUCCACAGGACAACAACACCCCUUCCAAGUCCCCAGCGGGAUCGGCUGGCAAAGGGUCAGGUGUUCCACUGCAGGAGUGCACUUCUACGCCUGCUCACAAGGGUCCCGCUCCGGCUGCUACUCCAUCUAUGCACACGUCUUAA